AUGGCUCCUCUAUGUGCCAUUGUACCACAAUAUGUCCUAGAAGGCAUCAUUGAAAAAGGAUUGGCGCCACAGCCUAUUAUUCAUCGGUGCCAAUCCACUAUUGAAAAAACAAAGCAGCUUCAGGAUGCUCGUGAAGCUCAGGGGCAGAGUAUCGCAGCGGUGCAGCAGCAACAGCCCUCCCAAGGUAUUAUUCCACCUUAUAUUCUUGAAUCAAUUGCCCGCAAUGCUGUGACAGAACAACAACGCGAGGCAGCUCGCCACACACUCGCACAUCGUACUGAACAUCGAAUAGCGGCAGGGCGUGUACGUCGUUUAAACCGUACAGUAUACGAUGCGCAGAAUUCAAAAGAUAAUCCUCCUCCCCGUGAUAGCAUCCUGCUUAAGGAAGGUGAUAAACUUCUCUCUGCGGCGAAGGAUCCAACCAACAAUGCAAAUGAGUGUUAUAUUGGUCUUGGGAAGACUUAUGACUUCUACUUCGAUUUCUUCCAGCAUAAUUCAUUUGAUAAUAAGGGGAUAAGCCUCGAUGGCUUCAUACAUGCUGGGGACCUUCUUAACGCCUACUUUGACGGCGAGCAGUUAGUCUUUGGUGACGGAGACGGCGUUAUCUUCAAUGGCUUCACAGAUGAGCUCGAUGUCAUCGGUCAUGAGUUUACCCAUGGAGUGGUGCAGUAUACAAGUCCACUUCCAUACCGAUACCAGACUGGUGCUCUCAAUGAGUCUCUUUCGGAUGCCUUUGGUGCUAUGAUUAAACAAUGGGGUGAAAGCAACCCACAGACUGCUGACCAAGCCAACUGGCUUAUUGGAGAGGGAAUCUGGGCUGCAGGUGUCAAUGGCAAAGCUCUCCGCGACAUGAAGAAUCCUGGAACAGCUUAUAACGAUGCCCAAGUGGGGAAAGAUCCUCAGCCCGCGCACUGGAACGAUUUCAAGAAACUCCCUUACAGUAACGACCAGGGCGGUGUUCAUAUCAACUCCGGCAUCCCAAAUCGCGCUUUCUAUCUUGCUGCUACUAUGAUUGGAGGAUAUGCUUGGGAAGGUGCUGGUCCUAUCUGGUACCGCGCUCUGAGCAGCGGUAAGCUUCGGCAAGAUGCCACAUUCAAGGGCUUCGCCGACCUCACAAUUGAGAAUGCUGGUCAGCAUGUGGAUAAAGUCAGGGAAGCUUGGACACUUGUUGGAUAUCCAUUUUCUGAGAAGAGGGAUGAGCUGUAA